AUGCGCUUUGAACAUGGAGUAAAAACCAGACAGCAGGAGACCGACGUGAUGCUGAUUGGUGUCAUUGUAGUCUUCUUCGUUUGCCAGGUGAGUGCAUUUUAAAGACAACUUUUCUAAUGCAUUACUUUUUCGUCUCGGUAUCUUCUUUUUGAUAUUAUUUUUAUAGCCUAUAUCGUUUUCCUAGGUGGUCUUUUUUCUCCCUUUUCUGUAGUCUCCUUUCAGCGCCCCCUAUUCUUUCUUCGUAGUCUUCCCGACACUCAUCGCAUUCUCUUCUAAUCCAACCCUACUUUUUUUCAGUUUUAAGUCCACUUGGGGGAUACUGAUGUUAUUAACCCAUCUAACACAGAAUAUCUAGUCUUCGUAUUUACUUUAUUUUUGCAUUUCUGUCCCUUCUUCCUCCGCGUGUUUUAUUUGUUGCUGUUAGGAUUAAUUCAGCUGCCAACGCUUCGCUCAGUAGGCUAUAACGAUGCGGUUCUAGGGAAAUGUGGAACUGAAAGUCACACAUACAAUUAUGCUUGCUCAUUCCUGCGCUAGCAUAUUUUUAAACAAGAUAUCAUCUCGUGUGUGGCGCUAAUGUAUCUUCCGGGCGACUACAAUCUUUACAGGGUUUAGAUUUACGGUCAAGAGACGCGAAAGGUGAAAAGUCACAGGGGAGAUACCCGUCCCCUUCUUCCUGGAACCUGGGUCUCUGACGUACCAGUGUGGGGCAAUACCGCCUCCGAUAACGGCCGUCUGCAUGUUUUUCGGGCACGGAAGAGAUGGUUCCCGCCUGUAAUUGUUUCCUUUUAGCUAAAACCCUCCUUUUAAUGCAUCUAAAAAAGAAAAACUUGUCCCUGCCAAAUACUGUCUGUAGACAACUGUUCAUAAAAUUACUAAGCAGACUUUAUUAUAACCAUUUUAGGUCCAUUAGAAGAGAUGGCAAUUAUAUCAGUCCACGAUGGUUGUAAUUGCGCACGCUCUACAGGUUUCUGGACAUUUCCCAAUAUUAUGUGUUGAUAGGUAAUGGCAACGCUUCGGUUUUAACAAUCUGAAUUUGGUUAAAGUGAUUUGCCUACAUAUACGCAAACUUUGUGUCAUUAAGCUACGCGGAAAACAAGUAGGUUUUCAUCGCAAUGUUAGAACCUGAUACACGCAUCAGGUCAUGCACAUUCGACUCCGGCGUGUAUAAAUACUGUCUUUAUCUCGCAGUUGAAUUGACGACUGACACAGAGCAUUUAAGGCCAUAUACCUGGACUGUCGUGCUUAUGUUUUUCGUAGCCGCUCUAGUAUGCCGACGCCAAUGCAUUUAUUUAGGAAAGGACUUUACACCGAAGGGAUUUAAGGUCAACAAAAAUUGAAACAGGCGUUUCUAGGAUGUCUACUUUUAUUAUCCGGUUAUACACUAAACUAAAGUGCUGAACGGAGAUUCUUUAGAAACCGAGUCAUCCAGUCACUGAACAUUUAAUUUAAUUGCACUAAUACUUGUGGUUUGAAUCCAUGUGCUGCCACCUGACAUUUUAAAUGCACAUGGUCUGUUGCGAAACAAGUGUCCUGGUUCGUCCUGACCAUAGGACGAAAGUGGGCAGUUUUGUCAAGGAGCUUAGAGCAUAAAGCCCCCGCCAUAAGGUCAUAGAUUGAUGAGCAAUCAGUAAUCUGUCAAAAUUUCCAACAAGGGUGAUGAGGACAGAAGCGACUAUUUCCAACUUACUUGUCUUCAAUAGCCGGUUACACUAAAGCCGUAAACCGCAAAGAUAAGAAUGACAUAUGACUGGUUGAUUACGUGAAAUUGGUCAGAAAUGGCCAGUCCUAUGUCCACUCUCUUUUGUAUAAUCGUCCUCAUUUAUUGAUUGCCCUCGACCAAAUGACCAAAUGAGAGAUUUUUAUACCUGGUUCCAUCCACUGCAGCCGUUAUAAUUCUUACUUAUUACGGUCAGGAUGGGUCAGCAAACAACAAUCCCGUGUAAUACUGAAAAUUUACAGUAUCUCUUUUAUGCGCUGUGACUUAUCGAAUCCAUUUUUUAGCCAACAGGGUUGCUUGGAUGCUUAGGAGCAAGGCAGUGGCAGAGACGACAGGAGAAUUUAAGAUUCGUUUUGUUAUAAAAAGAAAUAUCAAUAUCGCAUCAAAAGAUAAUAAAGACACGUUAUGUCGCAUAUCUGGAGACUCGGGGAACAAUAUCGAAUCAAACAAAAGAGUAUGUCCGUAUUUUUAUGUGACUAAUAUGUUCAGAAUAAAAGAGUGGAGUGAGCAUAUCGUUAGGUCAAAAGCUCGUGAAUCAACAAAACUUAGUUUGGGCGUAUAGCUGUUAACCGAAGACACCCUGUGUGACAGGGAGCCUUUAACAAGAGAAAAAAAGCUGUUCGAGGACCUGAAGUGCUGCGCUGAUUUUCCACCACCCACAAGUAGGCAUGAUGUGACCUUCGGCCCUAAAUUUAAGUGUCAUUGGUGAUGCCAACUGUUAAAUAAUGCGAAAAAUAAUAGCAGUAACAAAAUGGAAAAUUUUGGAAGAUACAUGCAUUGGGAAUCGGAAAAAAGAUCUGCGAGCUCGAUCUUUGGGUUGGAAACACGGUAAUGGCUUACUGAUGUUGUGUUUUAUUAAUCCACGCACGCAAUCACGUCUGAUUUAACAAAAGGCAGGCGCGGAUCGUCAAGAGCUUUUAGUCUAACAGCAGAUAUCAGGCAACUAAAAUCCAUUUUUUAACGUUUUGCAUCAGGCCCCAUACGAUUAAACCGUUUUUUGGGGUUACUGCUCAAUAUUUUUUAAGCACUUAGAGUUUGGAAUGAUAAAUCUUAAACAGAUUGUUGUUGUUGUCCGAUGGACAGUGAUUGUCGCACAAAGAAGCAACACUGUUGACAUUUAAGCAAUUACUGCUGUCGGAAAAGUUAUCAUGCAAGUCAUCGAGUUUGUUUCAUUCAGUCUUCCAUGCCGUACGUACUGGCCUUAUAUUUUCUUUUUUCAUUUACAUAGAUUUUAGUUCCGAUAAGUUGACACUUGCCUGUAUCGCAAUGAGUAAAGCAAGGUGUAAGCGUCUUUGGUAGGAUCAAAUACUUGGAUUACCAACCUUUAGAAGGGUUUAUUUUGUGGUUCUUGCCUGCAGCCACUGAUCUCACCCUAGACGUAUGAUGCCAAUGUUCCUCAGCAAAACGAGAACACAGUUUUAUUAAAAUGUUCCUGGUUGCAGACCGUUCAGAGGAGGGUAGACUAGUAUCUUGGUUUAUUAUUUUACCCAUUUCAAAAGUUGUCAGUGCGGGUUCUUGAAAGUGAGCCGCCAUUUCUCUGUUAUUCAUUCACAUGGGAAUUUUGCUAUAUGUGCAUCUGUAGGCCUACUGAACUCAACAUAUACUGAAAUUUUUUCCUCUUUGCUUAUCUGAUUUAAAAUAAUGAGGUCGUCUGCACAACACGCCAUCAAUAUUUUGAAGGAAGUAAAAUCUGACCCAAGCUUUUUAACUCCUUCCUCAGUUGUUCCUCGUGGUGUCGACAGUAGCAGUUCUCGGUCAUUAAAUAUCGCUUGUGAUCCUCUGUUGUUAUCUGUUUGGCCUAUUUAUUUUUAUCUACUGUGAAUAGAGGCCUUUUUGUGGAAAGCACUAGACUGGUACUUCCAAAAUAAGAGCGCACCUCAGUUUUCAUUUUAAUCAGUUUAAGAAGCUGCGUCAACAACUGUCGGCCAACAGAGGCACCACGUGCCAAAACCCGUAGUUCUUUGUUUUUCUCCGUUCAACUUCUUAAAUAGGACAGUUUCCGUAAUGGCGGUUUGUUCGAACCGCUCAAUAAGUUAAAAGAGUUAAAACCAACAGUUUACAAGAAUAUCUAUUUGGACGGGUCGGGACACAAACAUAGACAAGACUUGGCCUUUCAUGCUUCAAUCGGUUGCUUAAAUUUAUCAACUACCGUAGCCGAAGCCCUCUUCGGUCGUUUUGACAUUUACCCAUAAUCAGAAUCAGAUGGGUGAGGGGGAGAGUGCAAUGGACACUGCGCAAGCCCUCUCCGCUAUAAACCAGUUCAUGUGGAAGCCAAUGUCUAGCCACCAACUUGUGGCCCCCGAUAAUCGAACUGAAAUUUAAUAAUACAAUGGUUUGUUAAAUGCGAUCAUAAACUUCCGAAAUCUAACUAAUUCUCUUCCCAGAAUAUGCGUAGGUGUCGUUCAGGACCUCAUCUACAAGGCAUAUGUGGAAAGGGCUGACAAGCCCAAUUAUAAUCGUUAUUUGCAGUUCACAUCUGAAACCUUUUAAAAAUUGGCAUAGCACGCUGUAACAUACUUGACAGCAUAGGUACUAGUUGUCAAGUAUGGUACACCCCACUAUCUCAGUAUCUACUACCGGCUGUCUGUUGGCAAUUUACGAAUACUACGCGGUUAUUCCGCAGUGGCUGCAUGACUUCGAUCCAAAUAUCCCUAUCACAAUUCAGUCUGAGAGUAGAAGUCACAAAUAGACUCAUAUACUCCAAUUUAGCUAUUACUUUCUGAGGAAAUUAAAAAAUUUUGUUUAAGAAGUUUUGCACAAUUUUUUCUUGAACUGCAUAAAUCAUAGAGAAAACUUCAAAGUAUUUGCAUCCUUCCAAAAAGGAAACAUAUUUCGCCUGCGAGAACAAUCGACAAUUUCUUCAAAAUACUUUUUGUAUUCCCUUUGUUCCCGUAAUUUUUAAAGCAUAUUAGUCUGCAAGCACACGACUCCGAUAACCUCAUUCGUGCUUAUCCAGCGCAUAUACUAAGGAUUUAUACAGAAAAACCUUAACUUCAGAAGUAGUAAAGAUGCGAUUCUCAACCGGCAUGUUAAAAUAAGAGGGGCAGUUCACCAAGAGACGCUUUGCGAGUGGACAUUUCGACUAGGCGUAUGCAGAACCCGCAAGCCCGAGUAACUCAGCAAACGCUAGCACACAUCAGAUCGUCUUAUCGAGGCUCAAACAAUAGUUCUGUAACGACGGUGUGAUUUUAACACAAUCGACUAUGAUCCGGCCGCCUUCAUUGUUUUCAUCGAGGCGACGCGGCACCAAACCGUCGGCAUAUACGAGCCAAAAGACAUCUUGCGAUAUCAAAGCCCCUUGCUGCCCAUCUGGCACUGAAAAACCUAUUCAUCACAAAAUGACAAACAAAGGGUACUUAAACAAUUGGAACCGACGCCGAAAUAUUUAUCCCGGCUGCUGACAAAGGACGGUCAAUCGCUUUCUCGGACCAGGCAGAUUGCUGGGACAAGGCCCCGGUACUGCCGGACGACCUAGAUCGCCUAUAAAGUCAACGAAAUCGUCCGGCAGAGGUCCCUGCAGACAAGUACGAACAAAAUUCUGGCUCGACUAAGGAAGAAUAGGGUCAUCAUCACUAUCACCAUAGACUAGUAUACAUCUUUAUUCAAAGAUCUCGUAAACUACACAGGCCAGAUUUGUCCGAAGGUCAAUCCUCAUAUUUUGCGGCACGCUCAUAUAGAGUUUAAACACUGGUCGUUACUGAAGCUGGGAGCCCAGCCACGGUCUCAGAAAAACGAUGCACUAGGCAGAGCAUUUCUCAGAUAAACCAACAGCGAUAACAUUCGAACCGAAUGAGAGGAUGGUGUCAUUUGAUGUCAUCUGACUCUUCACGUCUACAUUACCGGCCCAGGCGAUCGAGACACUCCGUGGCCUGUUUUAUCCAAAUAACGAAGAGAGCGAUAGCUAGUUUAUAGCUCAGUAUCUCAUGGGGCUCAAGUAACAUUGCCUAAAAAUAUCCUUUACUUGCGGGAGGAUCACAUACGAGCGAAUAUUGAGCAUAAAUGCCUGUUCAUCAACUGCGGCUGUUCGCCAAAAACUUGAUGGACGGUGGCCCGGGGAGUACAAACCCGAAUUGUAAACAAACUAUCUCACCAAUAGGAAUAAUAUUGAGUAAUAUUAAGGAAAACCGAAAUAGAUCAUCCCCGAUCUACAGUUCUACAUAGAGGACGAGGUGAGGAUAGACUCCCGUUCUUAGAUGUUCCAGUCUCCCUCUAGACGGACGACCAACCGAUAAAAUGACAUUCUGCAUAAAACAGACGAACACGCUGCAAAUGCUCAGUUACAACAGUAGCCACCCGCUACAACACAAAUGGAGCUGUGUGGGCGCGCUACUCCAGUGAAUAGAAACUCAUUGCCAGUCGUCGAAUAAGACGAGAUUAUGCUUUUUAGGGAGAUCAUUUUAGCCAAUGAUUGUCCAUAAGCGGUGGUUUGAAGAAAUCAAGGGGCGCGAAGGAAGCGGAAUGAUGAGGGCGGGCUACUGAAAGUACGGAGGAGCAUUCCGUGCACAAAGGGGGGUCACCUAGACCGUGGUUAGAUUCCGCCUGCUUCUCGGAGUAAGAGUUGUAUGUCUAACUCAACGGUCCGUCGGCAUGUUAUGCGGCCAAAUGACUUCAGUUCUAAAUGAGAGAAGUCGGCCGUUGUUCGUCGACUUCGGUGCAGCCGCAAAAAAUGAAACCCACCGACGACGGAUUUUACGAAUCUCUGUGGUAGGUGACGAGGAAUGUACGAAACAAUCGGGGCCGCCAAUUAUUGUUCCGGUAAAUGAGUGCGGUACCGAUACGGCUAACGGUAAAGCGAGAGUCCUAAUCCGUAACACAGGCGGCUUUAACAGCUCACCUACUAGGCGAUAUGCGCCAAACAAUGAGAACUGUGCACAGACUUGCCUUUCUUUUUUGUCAUUUUAGUGUUCACACUGUACACAAUGCAAUCCGUUGAGUUUUCCAGCUUUUUCAGUUUAUUCCAGUCAGGGUUGCACUGAGUUGGGAUUAGAUUUAUUCAUUGAUAGGUCCUGUUGACUACGGUCUUCAGAAAGGGAGAGGUUAUUAUACGCAGUAAGGCAGCUUGUCUCUUUUGACUCACAAACAUGAUGCUAAUACCUAGUCGUAUUGCUAUCCCCUCGGUGGCCGCGCAGAACUGUGAGGUAAAUAGCUCUUACUAGGAUAACUUAGAAUAUCUUGCCGUCGACAGAUUUCUUUGCAGAGUUGUGUGAAUGAGUGUUAUUCUUAAAGAAUAUUCUUCUUAACUACGUUUAUUGUAUGUUUUUGAAAGGCUACGUUCGCAUUAUCGUUGUCCAUUUAGUCCAGAAGAGCAAUCUCCCUGCCGAAUUUUAAUUUUGGAAAUGACAUACGGUUAUAUAUGUAUGCCAUUACACACAGAAGGCAGGAUGUUUGUAUGUACCGGCCUGGCAUUUCGGUGAGGUGCACCCCUCUCUAAUAACAAAGGUUCUCAAAUCGAUCAUUAAUCGAUCACUUCUAGUUUUUUAGCACAUUGGAUAGCAUGCUUACCAUAUCGUAAACUUGUCACUUUGAACCUCAAACUGGAGUGAUUAUUCAGUUUCUGUUUUUGACUAUAUGUGUACUACUGAGAACUCAAUCUGAGGCCUCCAACCCAAAAUCCCUGUAGAGCAAGCGGGCGCCGCAUACCGCAGUGACACUUUUUCUCCUCAAAGUUUGGCCGUGCGCUUUCCUAUCUUACCACUGCGCUUUUCGAAGAACAUUUUGUCCACGUGUAUAGAAAAAUUCUCCUAGUGCUAGCAAUGUUUCUCUUGCGAAAUUUCAAAGCUCCUUUCUUGACCCGAUCUGGCUUAAACUUUGAUAAGAGCAAACGCUUGGAGGACUUAGCUUUUUGCGCUCCGGAACGCCGGAUUUAAGGGAAUUUUGUCUGAAUCUCACAUAUAUGCCCAGUCCUUUUUAAAACCGACUUUAUGUUCAAACAACAUUUCCUUCUAAAUUAAAGUGCUGCAUAAAUUGGUAACUUAUAUCUUUGCAUGAUAAUGCAUUAAACUUUAAAUAAUUUCAGCACAGACCUCCCUAAGUUAUUGCGGAUUCGACGUCACCAACGAACUGUCAUACGGACAAGAAAUGAAAUACACAAGGUUACCUUUGAAAUACUUAGACUAAAUUUCCGUCAGUAACUGAUCUCAUGAAAUUUUGGCCAAAAUUCUGAAAUGCGUUUUCGAUUUGGAAGGGUGACUUAAGUGCAUUUGUAAUACUGAUCAUCGUGCAGCACCGUCUCCUGCCACGCCAGGCUGCCGGCCUUUUAAUGCUCUUCUUUCAGCCGCUCCUGCAAAGUCCGCGUUGGCUAAUUAUGACCACUUAAGUGGUACGACGUUUUUUCAUUGAUUUUCGAUACCCUUGUGAAUUCAUGUAUAUUUUAAAGAAACCAUGCAUAAAAUAUGCCUUCUCUCACACGUUUGUUAGAAAACCACAUAAUCUUCAAAUUUAAUUCGUUGGAAAGGUGUGGGUAGGUUUUAAAAUAUUUUUCAUCCUCGAAAAUUCUGAACCGUAUUUGCCAUUGCACUUCCGCUUAGCAUUUUGGAGAUGCAUGGUGUAUUUUUCUUGUGCAAGGAAAAUCACUCAUACUCUUGUAUAAGGCGCUAUCUUAUAAGACUCGUAAAAGUAUACAAGGGAUUUGGGCUGUUUCUUAUUACGUAAGCAGCCUUGACAAACGGAUAUAUAUGAUGCUAUUUGAAUAUAUGGUUUACGCUCUUAAAAACUUCAUUAUAACAAGUCAUUUAAAACCGGAAGAUAGCCUAUAUUCGGACCUGAAAUUAAAAAGAGUUUUGUUUUUCUACUAGAUGAGUAAAAGGCAUGUUUUGACUGCUUUCGUUGAAAUAAAUCUGAAUUGAUAAAGGCAUCAAAAACCAAUACAAAUAUGUCGUUUUUUUAGGCGGCCAAAUGAGGGCGUUUUUAAAGUCGGCAUCCUGGUGUGAGCGAAAUAUAUUGGGGCUACGCUGUGAGCUAAUCCAUAUUUUUACCCCGCUUUACUAAUUCUUCCUACACUAAAACGCAUUUCAGCGUUUCAGUCAACAUUUGCUGUGAUUGGUCACUGACUGUAGACAAAAGUUAUGGAUUGCUCGAUUAUUCCAUGAUUCAAGGAGUAUCCUGGACAUUUUUACAUUAGUCAUUCCUGCUGAGAUUCGUAGUUCAAAUUUAACGCUCUUAUCAUCCUUCUCUGAUAUCGGUGAUAAGCUUAGGCUGCUUAAAGUCAACAUGGAUUCCAUCUGAUAUGGGAUAGAUAAUUUUAGAAAGACCUCUUGUGGCUGAUUUGCAUUAGGGAGUGGGAUUCUCUUGGAUUUCAGUCUCCAACAGAAGAAGGAACUCUUGGAAUAGAGGCCUUUCACGUCAUUUGUCUGCACUUUUAAGUCUCAGCCAGCAAACAUAUUAGUUUUAAGGUCGAGUGUAGUAAAAAGGCCAACAAGAACUUUCCAAAGGUCCCAGUGUAAAUUGCAGGGCUUCACGUGUGCACUUUAAAGAUCCUUCAGUAAGUUUAUUUACUAUUAAGAAUUAAUAAGACAAUUUGCGGUUACAGGUCACCGAACGGAUAUGUGAAGGAAAACUUAUCUCUAUUUACCUCUGACUUAAAGGGUAAAGUUGAUCAAAAAUAAGCUUAUACUAAGGAAUACCAUAUAAUAUUAUGAGCAAACGGAUUCUUGACUUAUUUGGGGUCACCGAUUAGCCAGAGCUUUAACCUGAAGAAUGACGUCCAACCAGAGAGAUCGACCAGUCAUUGAAACAAUGUGGUCAUUAUUGGAAAAUGUGACUCAGUAAGAUUUACCAUAGUGUUACUGCCAAAAUCCAGUCAAUAAAUACGAAAAUAUGAGUGAAUGGUAAUUCAUUGGCUUCGUUUAUAUGGCUGUUUCCCUCGUAUGAUGCAAGACAGAACUCUUUACUUUAGGACAAUCAUCCUACCUUUUAGGGUGAACUCCCUCUUUUACCAUUCGUUCAAGAACCUAAUCUCUCCUCCUUGAAUUAAUCCGCACGUGUCUAAAUUUCGUUUAUUUGGUGUAGAGCUUAAAUGUAUAUUAAGAUUCCAGCGGAUUUACCAAAUCGUGAUCCGUCCUCUAAUAUACUUGGCGUCUUUACUCAUAAGGGCGUGCGACGUACUUGCAGUGCAGAUACUGUUUUAUUCAAAACAGAGCAGUCCUUGACUUUGUUUCCAUCAGUCGUAUUACCAAGGUUAUUCUCCUCUUGUUCGCAGUGUUGAAGCCCCGCAGCCCUCAUAGGUUAAGAUAUCUUCACAUGGUAAGACAAAUCUCAUGCAUAUUCUAUAUUCAUAAGAAGUUAACUUAUUCACAGGUUAGAUCAAUUUCAGACUUAACUGGCUUCCGAUAGAAGCUACAAAUAGUUUCGAGUAUCUUUGCCUGAGUUGUUCUUGACUAAUUUUUUUUUCUCCCUUAAUCCAAAAUGUCAAGGUAUAAACAGAUGAGCCCUGUAUGUGGGCACAUAAAAGUUGUUUAUGUUUAAAUAGUGAUGGAAUAGACGACGCUAACGCUUUCAACCACUUUUGAUAUUCGUUUGAGUCCUGUUUUUCCCAAUAAGCCGUCAUAUUUCGAAGAGUGGGAAAAAUAACUCCAAACAAAACGUUCUUAAAAGAUGGAUAACAUCAAAGCCAUGGGAGGCUUCAUUACUCUCCAACUAAAUUUAUUUUGUUUCUUAAAAAGUCUAAUAAAAAGUAUGGAGUAGGAUUUUUUGCGUAGUUUGAUGCCAAGAAAUGGAAAAAUAAACCCUCAUAAUUGAAAUAUAUGAGACACUUCAAAGGUUACAGUUGAUUUUCAGCUGCAUCCCACACAAGUGUGAAUGUUGUAUACGUCAUUUGCUCGUAAACAGACUUCCAUUUCUCAAACGACUUUGAAUAUAAUUAUGAAUUAUUUUGCUUCAAUUCAUUUUUCUGGCUUAAAGUUUGUAAAAUCUCGAUGAGAGCAAGGAAACGCAUUAUCAUUUUCUCCUGUAAGCGCCAAAUAAUACAUGUAAUUUCAUGCUUUUCGUUUUUCGAUGCUGUCUAAUGUUUGCACCAAAGGUCUUCGGCAAUUAAGGUUAAAUUUCUCACAUUUUGAUGAUAAGCAACAAGGUUAAAAAUUAAAUUGGACUUUCAUAUAUGUUCGAUAGUUUCCCUAAAAGGCUGACAAAUAAUUCUUAGAAAUUUCACUUAGUUUACGGCAUAGAAAAACAAACAUCGCACAGUAAAAUUGGCGGGCAAGUAAUAAUUCUGCAAAUUUAGAAGGGGAGAAAAUCUUCAUUAUUUAAAUAGGCAUAUACACUGCGCUACCUAACUCAUGAAAGGUGUCGAACUUUACAAGUGACUACUUACCACUUUCAAGCCGACAUCCAUGCAUAGAUCUUAUACCUAUUUUAAUUAAGUAUAACUAUAAAAGAUAUGAAAACAAAAAUAUUACAGACAGUGUGGCGUUGCUUUGAAGUACCAAUAAUUUAGAAAAGUGCAACGUCCCGAAGACGUCAGAAAUGGUUAUAAUUUAGAAGGUUUUGUUUUUAGAUAUACAGAAUAUUCCCUCAUCCAAAAAAACAAAGUAAAAAGGAAACCACAAAUCGCAUAACGUUUACAAACAGUGUUUUAGUGGAGUUUGCAGCUACAUAAGCUUUAAAAAUUAGUGUAAUUUGAGGUUUGCCGGUUUAGCAAUAGCCUACAGUAUGAACAUCAAUUCCAAAGCAGUUUUCCAAGGAUUCAUGGUAUUCUUGGCUCUUAAGAUGAUUGAGAUGCGGUCUAAUAAGAAAAACAGGAUUUCACCAAUAAGGAAGCCAUAGGAACAAAUGUUUUCAUAAGAUCAUACGCUGCCAGGCCGGUCGGUGACUAACAAAAUCAAAUGGAGCUGACAGGCGUAAUCGUAAAUAUAUCAUUUUGUUUAAUAACUGACGUGGUAUGCAUUCCAGGGUGGUAUAAUGAAGAAGCGAAGACUCUUCGGAAAAUUUAGUUGCACUAAUACUAUUUUAUAUUUAUAAAGAGAACCUUUAUUCCGUUCAGUUAAGUUGCAAUUUCGUUUGUUCUAGAUUACGUUGAGUUUCAGACCGGCCUUGAAAUAUUGCCGAACACCAUGAUUUUCAAUAUUUUCACCCGAUCACCCAUGCAGGCAGAUUCAAUAUUAUGUCGAAUAAAAUGGAUGUCCACAGCGCCCUGUUUAGUAAACUUUUUGAGAGUAAUUUACUUUCCUUCUAGUGAAGAAACACUUGAAUGCGCCACCGAACUCUAGGACUGGUAUUAGUACGGAAAGUUGCUCGAGUUUAUGACAACGUCCAUUUCCGCCCAAAUUAUUGAAAAUUGUGCUUAACAGACUUACAUAAAAACAAGCUCUGCAUAAGGAAAGAACAUCCUCGUGAAGAGGCUGGAUGAGAAAGCCAAAUUCGCAACGUCUAGGCCAUCCGAAAAUUCUCACAUCAGCUUUCGUCACCAGGUUUCAAGCGAUAAGUUACUUACUGUAACAGUAAUAUUAGGCGUUUAAACGAUGAUUCACUUUCCAUUUGUGGCUUAGGCGGAUGUAUUUGGCAAGAUUCUCAAACAAUGACCAUCAGUCUGACGUGCUGGACUUGCUUUUAGAUCAAAGUCCCUGAUAAUGUGUCUCACCAAUUUAAUUCUUAUUUUGUUAAAAUGUCAGUGAGUACGCCCGCCAAAGUUUUAUAAUGCAGUCACUGCUUCCCGAUACGCAAGUUGUGGUAUUAACUCCCUAAAAGGACCCCCGGUCGAACAUGUGAAUAAGGACCCCCGUACAACUUGUGGCUACGUAUCCAAUCCCAGAGGGCAAAAAGUCUCGUGUCCUAGUUUUGGCCUUUACCCUGAAUCUAACCCUAUUUGCCGUAACUCUGACGCUAACCCCCAAACUCUAACCGUAACCCUGACCCUAAGGCUCUCUCUAACGAAAAACCCUGUUUAUUGUUACUGAUUGAAGACCAUCUCUAAUACGCGGAGGGGUUCAUAUUCUCGUGUUCUAGGGGGCGCACUUUAAAGGCGACUAAUUAGAGAACAUUGUCUAAUUGAUCGGAAGUUUAUUUGUUUUGAUUUUUGCUGUAGACGUCUCAUGUUUGGAUGAGUCUUUAAAUGCAAUUCAAGCGACCAUUUGCGUAAAAAACGCUCAAAUACUCAUUACCUCGACAAAUUCCUUCAAGAAGCGUUUUAUUUGGGAGGCUUUAAUCAGCAUGUAAUGAAGAAUCUACUUGUAUGGGCGAUCGAUUUAAAACAGUGCAGAGCAUGGAGUAUUCAGCGGUAUUUCAAGGUCGAUCUGUGAUUGGACGUGAUCGGGAACAUAGGAAAAGUACACAUUCAUUUCACGGAAGAAAGGUCCUCCUUAUAUACACAAAAUGAUAUUUUUGCGAUUAUACCUGCCAAUUUCAUUUGAAUUUAAUACUCGCUGACCGGCCUGGCAGUGUGUCUUUUGGAAGCGUUUACACUUAUGACGACCUUAUCAACGAAAUCAAUGGUAUUUCCUGUUUAGCUUAUCAAACCGCAUUUUAAUCAAUGCAAAAGCUUAAAAAAAUACGAUGAAUUCCCUGAAAACCGUCUUGAAGUCUGCAUUUAGAAUGUAGUCUGUUGACGAAUCGUCGUAUCUGACGUUAAACUAAUUCGUAGAGGUGUUUCAAAUGCUAACACCACUCAAAGACAACUGUUAAACGUAAUCUUAUUUUUACUUUCAUAUUUACUCAGUCCAUUUCAUUGCACGGUCUUCCUGUAUAAAUAAAACAGAAGUUUAUAAAAUCAAGACCGCUUCUGGGGUUUUGGUAAUUCGUCGCUUUUUUAAAAAAAUGGCAAUUCUAAAUGAAGAAACAUUACAUUUGAUAUUUUUAUGUUUUUAUUUGUCUUAUGGUUGUUGUCUAUUAAUCUAGAUAUUGGCUUCAUGCAUUUGUUUCCGGUUGCGAGUGACUAGCAGUCAUUCGCAAAUUUAGGCACUGUCCACAUCUUAGGUCACCUACUGUAUGCAUUUUUUGUUGUUUUUAUCAUUUUAUCGCAUGUCAGGUACUACUAUUUUAAAGUAUUCCCAAAUGAUUUAUAAAUACUGCAUUUCUGGACAAUUAUUUUUGUCUGAAAGGGCAUCUUACAGACAUUAGAUAUGUUGGCUUUUUACCGGUUCGUAUACCCAGGAAUUUAUCCAGAAGAACAUAUGUUUUUACUCACCAGGUCACUGCAAAUGUAUGCAGCACAACCGCACAUGAGUACAUUUUAUGAUCCCGACUUCGCGCUUUAUUUAAAUAUCCUAAUGUAAACACAUGAGCUUUCAAGGGGUAACGUUAAUUUAUUUAGUCGAUUUCCUCACUGCCAUCAUCGUUUUUUAGCGGAAUCAUUCUGACAGCGAUGCGAGGCAGUUCUCCUUUAGAGAUGACGAAGCAUCUUUCAACAAACACUUUUCGAUAAUUAUUUUAUCACGCUGAGAGCAUUUUACGUCGUUUUCAGCCAAUUUCUGACUUUCGGGAGCCUUUACGUAAGCACACUUCAGAUAUAAACUGUUUAAGAAUGUGGCUUCACAUAAAUAUUUUUGACUUUUCCCGGUCUGGUCCACGAAGAGUGCGUAUAUAUACAUUAUUUGUGCUAUGCAUAAAACGUCGUAACAGACAGAAGUGCGCACAACAGUAUAAGAUGAACGCCACCGAAAACAGUAUAAACUGAACUGAUCAGUACCGACUUUCUUGGCCUUAUGAACUGCCCUUACACCGAAACCUAGCACAGGACAAAAAGGGUUAAUUCGCUUCCAGCUGGUCGAGCAACGCUUGAGUUGAAUUUUUACCAUUUAGUCAUUGAGAAGUCCCAAAUUCACAUUAGCGUGAUCCUUCAUGGGGCAAAGUAAUGUUGACUUACAAUUGAAUGCGAAUCUUAGCAGCCACGGAUUUCAGUUCCAGAUGGAAGGACCUAAGGCCAGUGAAUCUCGUAUAUGAAGGGCCAAAAUUUAUCCUUUAAAUUCACUGUGGGGCAUACGCGUUUGCAUCUCAUAACUGGCGUUUCUUCGACUAGCAGUGGCUAAAAUUCUCGCCUUUAAGCUUGAUUUGACAUUAGCAUUGUGAAAUGUUGUUCGCAAACCUGCGACUAGCGCCAGUCUACCUGACGCAUGGACUCGGGUGAUCUAGCUGGUCUUCAAGCAUGCACAUUUUCGUCAGUGCAAAAAUUGCGAACUAUUCUAAGGAAUCUAUUCAAUUCUGAAAGCCAGCGCUACUUAAAAAACAAUGCUAAACCUGGGGUUCAUAUUUCGCUAGCUGUCAGUCCUUGCGUAAAGUUUACCCAUUUUUUGCAAACCGGCCAGAAAGACGAUUGAAUUUCAAGGUCUUUUCUAAGUCACAGCGUUAAUUAAAACUCCACUUUUUAAGGAAAUAUACUGUCUAUUUAAAAAAAACUUAGAUUUGAGGGACUUGGAGGCGUUUUUUCGUGAAUCGAUGUAGAUUUUCUCUCCUCAGGCCCAGUAUUCCCGCUCAUUUUCCCCUAAUUAUUGGAUAAACUUAUGCGCACUAGAAUUGACAACGUGGCAAAACUAAAAUUCUCUGUACUUUUAGAUAAUAAUUUGCAAAAUUAAGAAACAUCAGACGACCAGUGAUAAUUCAUUGUGUGCAGACAUUCAUCAGAGGCUUGAAAUUAAAUUACCACUUGGUCGAAACAAUAGUUCCUACAGAGAUUAAAUCAUUAUAAUGCUUUCCGGCAGUCGAAUAAUGGCUGUUUUCAAAUACUUGGCUUCGUAUAUGCAUUAGGCAUUGAUCGUAGGUCGCUCGCUGCCUUGAGUAUCCUCAUUAGCGUUAGGCUCAAAACCUAACUGGACUCGCAGGUAUUUCAUCUCAUUCGUCAUCCAGUUAUACACGACUCGCAGUGCAGGUGGUGAGGAAGAAAUUUUCGGUACGACUUCUGUCACAAGCGACCACUUUCACCGGACCAGAGGCGUCGGCUCUUUCGCCAAACUGGAGCCAACGGGAGUUUUCAGCAUAGCGUUAAAUUUUCUGUUUAGUGGGAAGGGUUUAGAUUUUACGCAAGUGUUCAGGGUGUCCAAACAGAAAAACAUGUUGACAGUGCGUUGCAAAUUAACUGAAGAAAUUAGAAAACAUCACAGAACUUACCUGAUCCAGGUAUCCACCAGAGUGCUUAAGGAUCUGGAUAACCAAAAGUGAGGGAACGUGUUUUCUUCCUUCAACUAUUUGUCUGAAAUGGCAUCGCGCCCUCGAUCUUUUCGAUUCUAAUAGGUUCGAUAGAUCUGCAGGAAAGUCCCAUAUGAGUGUAAAUUUUGACAGAAUGGUCGACUUUGUCAGAAGAAAUUCAAAAACGGAUCCCUAACUUGCGCAACGUUUUAAUAUUAAAAAACAAAAAAAUGAUCGAGGAUCUUAUAUUGGAAAUAGGCAAAUUUACAAUAGGUUUUAUACUUCGGUUUGCAAACGGCGCGGAGCAAUACAGCGCGGGGUGCUGUUCACAAUGGUCAUCUGAGAGGGUAAAGCGAAAUUUUAAUGAAUAUAUAAGUAUGCAUUAAGGAUUUUCAAAUAAAACUUUCUGUGAGAACUGCUGCAUUUAAUUUGCCUUUUUUAUCCACAGAAAAACCACCCUUAUCAAGAUUUCAGCAAAUUUUUAGCUAGUCCUUAAUCGCUCACCACUGGGAGAAAGCGCGAGCACUUGACCUGGUUAAUCAGUUUUUGUUGAAUUGCCUCAGCCUGCCCGAACUAGACAAUUUAGACAGCACUCGCUUUGAGCUGGCGGCACAGAUGUUCAGCCAAACGUUCUCCCACAGUUGUCCAACUACAGUCUUGAACCCCAUAACAUGCACAAUUAUAAGUUUUUACAUGGAGAUUAAACUAUCUGCGUAACAAGCAGGAUUAUUAGACGAGAGAUAGCGCAAAAUCAAUAGCUGGCACAUAUUCGUAAGACGGCAGUCUUGUAUACCCCGAAGUUGUGACCUUCUUGCUCUACAGUCAUCUGCUAUUCACGUGCUUAUGUUCCAACUGUUUACGUACACUGGUCGGCCGGUUGGAUAAACAUAAAGAAAGCCGAAAUUUUGCCUAUGUUCCUGUGCCUUUCUGUACACUGAUGCACGCGUUUUAAAAGAGACUGGCAUAGACCGCUGGCUUUAGGCGUAUGCUUUUCCCUUCGGUGACGCCAAGUCAAUAUAAACCCAAACAUUGAAUGAAGAACGAAACGGUCUCAGUUAUUAAUUCACGUAAGUGCUUCCUCAGCUCCUUCUCCAACAUAAAUCCUUGAAAGAUUUGAAACUGUACUGAGACAACCCCGUAAUAGUAUUACUGUUAUAAAGCACUGUGGGGAAAACAUAACCAGAAUAAAAUGCCAGAAUCACAUUUCCAGUGACUACGUCCUAGAAAUGUCAUAUUGUGCUGAUGAAAAACAUGUAUUAGUUACAUGAGACUCAAAAGAAAAUAAACAAGUUGAUCAGGGCUGUUCGAAUCUUCAUGGUGCAAAAACGUCAGUGACGGGCAAACAUAAAAGGAAAUACCGUAGAUAAUAUGCACCCCGCGUUGACUACCGGCAUCUAUCAAGGACAACUUACCGAUUCAAAAAUAAUCACCGUCGUUGAAUGAGCGCCUUCAUGUUUACUUUAACUUACUGACCUAGAUUUAUUUUGUGCAAGGGCAGUUUAACCCAUUAACACUUCUUCCUAAGUUCUCGUGUCAUCACAAGUGGUCUUACUGGUGGCUUCGGUUAACCAUAUGAGAAAUAUCAGAAAACGCUCAAGGCAAUACUUUGGUAUUUCCGAAAUGUGACAAACUAAAUACGUGUUAGUUACUGAAUUUCAGUAGCGUGUAUGAAAUAAAUUGCACGCAUGCCUCUUAUACCAAAUACCAUCAUUUAGCAAUGGGAUGAUUUGAUGUUGCCUUCUAAAGUGCUGAGCAGUACUUAUUCUAUGUUCUUGCACUUGCUAAAAAGUGCAGCGAUUUUUAUUUGUUGUACAGUAGACAAAAACUUCAAAAACUGAAAGAAGGAUCAAGGAAAAAUUUCAGAAUGCUCAUUACUAUUUCAAAUAUUAAGUCGUUCUAUGGGCCAGCCUGCACUUAUCCGGCGACAAAGGAGGGUGUAAAUGAAAUUAGAUUUAACUGCUCACAGGAGGGAGAAUGCUGUCCGUUUUCGUCCGUAUUCCGACUGACAAGCAGUCUAAAUCGGUAAUCACCACUCUCAUAUGACGUCCCGUAUUUUCUAUAAACGUUAUCAGCACCCGAACUAAAUCAGUUUAGGCGUGUGAAAAUAUUGACGGAGACUCGAAAAUACGCCGCAAAAUUGUUUUUAUUUUCUCGGAAUAUGUCCGUAAUUAUAUAUUUUGGUAAAGCCUGGCUUUCCGAGUGUUUGCCUUAAGCCAUUGAGAUCUUUGCGGACGUCUGAACAAGGUUUUUAUUGGGACGUCCAUGCCGACAGGAGGUCUUGCAUUCCAAGCGCUAUGUAAAAAAACAGUGAAAUAAUACAUGCACUAAAAAUAAUACUCUUUUCCUCUGAUAGAUGUAACUUUACCAAGCUCUUAUCAACGUAAAUGGACAUUUCACAUGCUAGUCGGACUUUAUUUCAUAUGGCGUUUCACGCUUAUUAAUUUCAAUUUUAUUUUUCGUUUUGUCCUUGCUAUUAGCUUUCACUGGCAUGCGUAUUCUCAGAUGCGUAGUAAGGUCAGUACUUUACUUUUUGCAUUGUUCCUUCUGUUGGGGUUGAACAUUUUCUCCACCGAAAUUUCCUGUUUUUCCAAAUGUUUCUGUUGGUAUUUGUUGAAAAUGUCUGUUAUCGUUGUAUUACCAGUUUGUCUGCAGCAAGCAAUGUCUUCGAGAUUUUUCUAUCCCCAUCUGUCAGUUAACAGUGUAGUUCUUAAAGGUGUUUUCCCAGUCGACUGGAGUACUAAGGACACCUACGGUUUUAUGUAAUCAAACUCACAGUAUCCAAGCUAAGGGGUCAUCUUCAUAUCUAUGAAAAUAUUAAUGCCAGCGCAGUUCUUGUCAUCCCAGUCUUUCGUACAUUCUAGUGUGAGUUGAAAUCGACGGAUGGAAUUUUCAUAAUCAACGCUACAUUGGAGGUGAAGGUGAUAGGUAUUAGGCCAGAAUCGGACAAUCGGAUUCCUCUGAGCACUCGGCAAGGACGGUAGUUUCGGAAAGUGGACACGAUCACUUAGUAUUUUACGAAGGUCCCAUAAGAAAGCACAGAUUCCAUAGUUGUCGAAAAGCAUUAAUUUUGCGCAUCUGCAAUCCGGACGCAUUAGGGGGCCAAGUCAGGACUUGCGCUCUGGCGGUUUGAAGGUCGUCAUCGUUGAGACUAUUCACGGUGGACUUUAACCGCCAUGCGUUGGGGCUUUCUACGUUACAGCGGACUUUCUGAGUUGACGACUAGAAACUCGUACCUUUGGUAGCACUGAGAACAGUGCUUGCCAAUCUGUCAUGUGCAAAGUGGGUACGAUCUGGUUCUCCAUUGUCUUUUGUUCUCCUAGUCAGGUGGUGUUUGAGUAGAUGCAAGAACAGAGGCAAUGAGAAAGGCAUUAUGGUUUCCGCCACUUGAUGAAUUCUAUUGCUGUGGACGGAUACACAAAUGGCUUUUUUAAUAUGCAUCAGCGGAAUUAACCACGCUUUAACAAAAAUCUUUCAAUCUAGAACUCUGAAAUAAAUGCAGAACUGUUUAAAAGACGAUGCUCAGUGACGGACAAGGAAAUACUGUCAAGGCUACCAGCCACCCUAGUUUGCGUUCUCUUUCGACAACUGAGUUUAUGUCGUAGUGUUGAUCUAGUCGCACGAAGUACAGAAUUCAUUUUCUGAAGCGAGGAGCAUAGCCACUUUAUCAACGACUUUUACAUUCUGUCUCUAAGUGCUCAUUGCUGAAGUGCGCAUAGACUCGCAUAAGUCGGACGGAGAUCGAAAAAUGGGGUUCAACUAACAGUAUCAGUAUUUUUAAUAGCUACGUCGUCCUGUUAGACCUGUGUAGCCAACGUAAGCCUAAAAUGUAAAACAGCGAAUUUUCGACUUUCCGGGACCAGCCACAUAUACGUUAACUCGUUGGCUUACGUCAGUCAGAGCAUAGAGGGCCCGAAAAAACUUUGUUGCAGAUUCGAUUAAAUCCCCAAUCACCCGUAAAGUUACCAGCUUUCGUCCGAUAUUCCGUUCUGCGUUGCUUAUAGUCGGUUAUUUUAACCGGGUUAGUAGAGGUGGCCAUCAUUUUUCGAAACAAAACCUUACUACGAGCGUUCCAUUAGUAAGCGUGCUUCAUUGGUUUUGGUAGACGCGUUUUUCUUGUCAAGAUCAAAAGGUGAUUGACUCCUUUUUCUGCAGUCUAAAGUACUUACUUCUCUUCGUUUCCUAACAAAGGGUUCUCUGGAUUCAAAAAACUUAACGUGUGUCAUUCUCAUUUUGCUCUGCUCAAUUCCUUAUGGCCAGAUUAUGCAAAUACACUCUGAUUUUGCAUGAAGCAUAUGCAAAUUUUGUGAAAAGGUUUUGUUAACUUACGUCCGGAUCGGUAUAAUAACAUGGCGUUCUUUUUUAAGUCGGUUUAGCCAAUAAAAGGAUAAAACAUCAAAGACGCUGCUUUUUUACCCUGACCUUAUAUUGUGCUGGUUGGUCCACUGAGGUAGUAAGUAAUAUGCUAAUUCGAGCAAAUAUCUAAAAGACUGAUUUACUCCCACGAUGUUCGGAAUGAACAGUUGUGUAUAAGGUCAGUGAAAAGUUGUAGAAUCUUGUAAGAAUGGUGAGGUGUUCUUAUACACUUGAGUCAUCGUCUGGGAUAAGACCGUAACUUCAUUCAAAGCCGGUAGAUAAAUGGAGGUAAUGCGGACCAAUAGUCAAGGCCUUUUGAUUUAUGUAGUGUGAAGAAGAAAUGACGGUCAGAAAGAAGGACGAUUAAUACGGCCGGAUGAGGACUGCGGCAAAUUGUCUUACUCCAAUUACUAUGAGUCCGUCUGGUUACAUGGCUAUGGCCCACGAAAUAUUCGGACCUGUAGCGUCUAAGCAGUGAGGGUGUGUAAUCAGAACGCUACAGCUCAUCAGAUCAAACCCCAGAUUGCAUGGAAAAGACAGGAGUCACCAGAAUGAGGGCUUAAAUGCACACAGAACCUUGGGUUGUCUUCUCAGGUGGCAGUGGCCGCUGGCGAAGCCAGGACUGGUGAUGACUGCGUCCUCUCAUGCCUGAGAGUUUUUUAGACAGUGGUGGCAGCUGCUUUUGUAGGUUUUUCGGGCAAUUUGAAGUGUUGUUCAACUGGUGUGGGUGUUGAUUUGUUGAGGGUGGAUGUUCAGGUGGCUUGUGUUGCUUUCACAGGGGGUGGAGUGUUCAACUGGCUAAUGGGUAGCUGUGACGCAUGUGCGUCGAGUUGAAGUCGGUCGACGGCUUGCAGGUUAGCGCGUCUAGAACCGCUCACUGAAAAUGUGAGUGAACUUGACACAGUGGAGUCAUGAGCACGGACACCAGGAAUGGCCAUGAUGGCUGUCGGCAACAGAACUUACGAAGUUCUUCAUUACACUUGGGACCUCGUUGAAAAACCCCAGUGGUUUUUCCUCCUUAACUGCAAGUAGGUACUUCAACAAUAACUUCUUCUGGCUGACCAAGACUCGAGUGUGCCUAAAAUACAUCUUUGUUGUUUCAGCGGUGGACGGAGUAGGUUAGAUGUGCUAUACUUGUACUACUUUUCUGCCUUAUAUUUUGCUGUCCUCGCACUUUGUAAAAGCGCCUAAUGCUUCGAUCAGUUUAACCUUCGGUAGGACCCGAAACUGGGAACCGCUCUAAUACAGGUGGUUUUACGCCGAAUUCCAGGGAGACUAGGAUUAACGUACGGGUAGGGUUAAGACUAGGAUCAGUGUUAGGAUAAAGAUGCGGGUUUGGUUUAUUGUUAGUGUUAGGACAUGGGAAUAAGUACACUUCCUGAAAUUUUGAGCAAGGCCACCUUUAUUAUGGGGGGUUCCUAUUCACUUGCCUUGCCUAACUUCCCAUAAACAUUGACUAGACUUUGCUGGAUGCGUAUUCCUCUUAAUGCAUAUAUGUUGAAAUAUCACGAUUAAGAGUUGAAACCGCUAGUGGCUUUCCAAGAAGGAGAGAAUCUGAAGACUUGCCUCUGCUGCAAAUUCACAGGCACCAAGGCGUGGAAAGAUUUGAAGUGACACCCGGUGCCCAAACUUUGUUUUAAACCUGCCGCACAGCAGAUUCUGUGUAAAAUUCAUAGUAUAUCCAUUCUAGGGCGUUAUUAGCUGUAAGUUUGCUGGCAGAUACUCCUGACUUAGUUAAUGCACCCUAUCAUAUUUAUUAGUUUUCAGGUCUAUCAUUUCGCAUACGAGCAGAAAAGUUGAUACGUUCAGUUCAGUCAACAUGACUAUAUUUCUUUGCAAGAACACUACUCCGCGGCUUUUCCAGAGACUGAAAUAGGUCUGGGCAAUAUUUUCGCCUAUAUUAGAGUACUAUGGCCAUUAAACGUUAAGACUACAGAUCUACCAUUAAGACGCCGACCCGCUGCCCUUCCGAUUGUGAUCAGGAAUAUUAAGUAUGGUGAACUGAUGUUCUCCGAUUGGGUUAUAUAACGCGCUCAAGUUAUAGCAUUCACAGCCUAUCUAUGGAAAUCAGAAUGAACAGGAGACCGUGCUGCAAAAUUCGCCGGCAUCCUCGUCGGAAUGAUGAGAUACGUGCGCACGAUGGCUGUCGUGGAAAUAAUGGUUUUCCCGUUCCCAGUUCGGAGAGGGCCCAUGAGUGUCAACGCUCAUAACUCUCCUCCGCAUCGCCGUCUUUGUUGACGUAGUCGUGUGCAUUCCGUCCUUGUUCCGCCUUCGCAUUCACCUUAAUUUUUGCUAUGUACUUGCCAUUCCGAUGUCGACACCUGCCGUAAUCGCUCACGCUCGACCAACCUUAACACCCGUCUGCAUUCAAGCCCCAUAGUAGAUCUUGCAUGCUCUUCCCGCUCCCCUCUCCUCCCUCCCCCCUCCCUGCGUUCAUUUCUAAUGUAUGCUCAGGUCCGGAUACCUUCUGGCUAGGUGUGGGUUUUGUCUAUGUUAUUGUUCGGUCCGAUUUUCUUUUCGUGGUUCCGCUGUCUCAGCUGCAUUCCUGUGGCCUGACAGGCCUCAAAGAGUGCCACGAGGUGGUUACUGGAAGUUAUGCCGGCAUGUCAAACCCCCAGUGAUUCUGUCGUUGAUUAGCCAAUCCUUAAACCCCUGUUCUGGAAUGCGAAGGCGUGUCCCGAAGCUGCACAAUAUUGCUUACCCAACAAGAUGUGAUUCCUCCUUACAUAUGCCCCCAAGUGUCCACUCCCGAGGGUUUCCAUUCACUUACUGGUCCUCCACUGUAUUCUGCUAUGCAAGAGCUGCACCAAACAUGACAGACGACGUUCGCUGUUUUGAUACGUGUCUGGGGUAGCAGGCCUCGGUCGCAGACAUCGUUCUGUUGCCUUAAUUCUGUGGUGGGCUCUUGUUUCCAACGAUGGGAAACGAGGAGCAACUACUUCGGAUACGUUCCCAGUGUAUGGUAGUUGCCACCAGAAUUUACAGCGCUUAUCUACUGACCUUACCGUCAGUUUGGCCAUCCCUUGCGUGUUAUAUAGCCAUGACGUUACGCGUUGGAAGAGUACAAAAAAUGAAGGGUCUUACUACUUCAGCAUCGCCGACUAUAAGUUUGGAUCUCUCAUCGUCAACUAUAGUCGACUUCGACAGUUACAGUGAUUACCUAGAACCUGGCAUGUCUUGGUGGGCUUCGCACACAUCGUUGUCUUCUGGUCCUGUUUGCCAAUCUACAUUUGCAAAGCGCAGUCGAUUGUUGUCCUUUGUUUUCGUUGCGAACCAAAAGUCAGGAUAAAGGGGACCUAGAGGUUUUUUAUCGCUUCAAAACGACGAAAUCAUUGUCCACUACCCUGUCAAGCAGUGGUCUCAGUCGGAGUCGCUGCAUAAAUCUCGCCUUCAAUGCUGGAAGGUCGUAUUCUUUUGAAACAUCACAACAUUAAACCCGUGAUUUUCGUUAUCGCCUUCUCAAUUUAUGCCUCAGAGGCACAUUCCCUCGGGCAUUCGUAAGCCGACGCCCGGACGGCAAACAGAAAACCCUCCACGAAAAAAAUCAUCAAUUCUACAGUGGACGUCCUUAUGGUUAACGCCAUCUAAAUGCUAAUGGCUUUGAAUUAUUAGCUAUCUCUUCCCUCCCUCGUUUGUUUUCUUUCAUAAACGAUAGAAACAUUUUUGGAAUCCCGUCUUUUUCGUUUACCUAACAAACGGUGCGCCUGUGUCUCAACCUAAUAGUCUUGCUAAACUGCUUGUCAGUAGUAUCCGUCAUGCUCAACUCAACAUCAGGCGUUCAGUGAGUCUUCGGUUAUCUAUAAUGAAAAACGCAUUGAGGGACAAAUUUGCUAGCAGGACUGCGCUGGCCCCACUCACAAAUUUCUCCUUUUUCUAAUGCCGGGCUAAAAUUAGCUUAUCCUUGGGCGCAAUCUAUCGGGGAAAGGGUCACGAAUUUGAAUACGACUGGCUACCAGCAUCAAAUGGUAAUGUUCCCCUUUAUAAUGAACAUUUCCCCUCCUUUUUUAGAUUCCCUCGUCUGUCAGUCACGUCUUGUGGGGCACCCAAAAGCAGUCUGCGAAUACCUCAAUAUUCUGGCUGGUUGUUAACGAAGUUGGCAAUCUUCUGAUAAUCCUCAACGCCUCGAUCAACAUCAUCCCCUACUACAUGUUCAGCCGCAAGUUCAGGGUUAUCUUUAUGCGCAUCUACUUUUGGUGGGCGCUGGAAUUCAUAAACAAACGGCGGAAACCUAAAGUGACCACAAUUAAACUUCAGCGUUGCAGAAGCCUUCAAACUGAGGCGGGUCAAUCGAAGAACGGAAGAGUUCCUCUUAUGGAGACCAAGUCGGAUGGUUUUUUCAGCGAGAAACUCUGA